ACUCCGGUGCCGCUGAUGUACGUGAGAGAAGGCCGGUUUCGGAUCGAGGAGAGGACGCUGACGGCUUUCCAGUGGCUGUACUCGCCCCACCAGCACCGCAUCCUCAGCCGGGCGGAUCUGGGCUCGCCCAGCAGGAUCGACAAGACGAUGCUGGCCAGCCUGAAGAUCAAGAAACAGGAGCUGCUGAACAGCACGGAUGUGACCGUCCCGGAGCGGCCGCUGUCACCCCCCCUCACCGCCCCACCGACCAUGAAGUCUGCAGAAUUCUUCGAAAUGCUGGAAAAAAUGCAGGCACCAAAACUGGAAGAACAGAGGACUGGAAGCCAAAAACAUAAGGAAGACUACAUCCCGUACCCCAGCAUUGAUGAGAUCCUGGAGAAGGGCAGCCCCUACCCGCUGAUCAUCCUGCCCCAGUUCGGGGGGUACUGGAUCGAGGACCCGGAGAACCUGGGCACUCCCACCUCGUCCGACAGCAGCAUUUGUGAGGAGGAGGAGGAGAACCUCAGCCCCAGCACCUACGGCUACAGGCUGGAGUGCAAAGGAGAGGCCAGAGCCUACAGGAAGCAUUUUCUGGGGAAGGAUCAUUUAAAUUUUUAUUGUACAGCCAGCAGCCUAGGAAAUCUGAUCCUGUCUAUUAAGUGUGAGGAGGCAGAUGGCACGGAAUAUUUAAGGAUUAUACUCAGGUCCAAAGUGAAGACGUUGCAUGAAAGGAUCCCCCUGGCAGGGUUUAGCAAGCUCCCCAGUAUCCCCCAGAUUGCAAAGGCCUUCUGCGACGAUGCUUCUGGGCUGAAGUUCAACCCGGUUCUGUACCCCAAGGCUUCCCAGAUGAUAGUGUCCUACGAUGAGCAUGAGGUCAACAACACCUUCAAGUUCGGUGUGAUCUAUCAGAAGUUCAGGCAGACCCAAGAGGAGGAGUUGUUCGGCAAUAAUGAGGAGAGCACAGCCUUCAAGAACUUCUUAAGCUUUCUGGGAGACACCAUAACGCUCCAGGACUUCAAAGGUUUUCGAGGAGGUCUGGAUGUCAGCCACGGGCAGACGGGAGCGGAGUCUGUGUACACGGUGUUCAGGGACAGGGAGAUAAUGUUUCACGUCUCCACAAAGCUGCCUUUCACCGAAGGAGACACACAACAACUCCAGAGGAAGAGGCACAUCGGCAACGACAUCGUGGCCAUCAUCUUCCAAGAAGAGAACACGCCAUUUGUCCCAGACAUGAUCGCCUCCAACUUCUUGCACGCCUACAUCGUGGUGCAGGUGGAAAACCCCGAGGCAGACAACACGGCGUACAAGGUGUCCGUCACCGCCCGGGAAGACGUCCCCUCCUUUGGCCCACCCCUGCCCAGCCCACCAGUGUUCCAGAAGGGCCCUGAGUUCCGGGAGUUCCUGCUCACCAAGCUCAUCAACGCCGAGACCGCCUGCUGCAAGUCCGACAAGUUUGCCAAGCUGGAGGACCGGACGCGGGCCGCCUUGUUGGACAACCUUCACGAUGAGCUCCACGGGCACACGCAGACCAUGCUGGGGCUGGGGCCUGAGGAGGACAAGCUGGAGAAUGGGGGUCAUGGAGGCUUUCUGGAGUCUUUCAAGAGAGCCAUCCGGGUCCGCAGCCACUCCAUGGAGACGAUGGUGGGCAGCCAGAAGAAGCACCACGGCAGUGGCAUCCCGGGCAGCCUCAGCGGGGGCAUCGCACACAACAGCAGCGAGGUGACCAAGACCACCUUCUCGCCCCCCGUUCCAGCCGCUGCUGCCAAGAACCAGUCCAGGAGCCCCAUCAAGCGCCGUUCAGGGCUGUUCCCUCGCCUGCACACGGGCUCCGAGAGCCAGGCGGAGAGCAGGACGAGGUGCGACAGUGUUUCUGGAGCCCAGAAGACACCAGAUUUGGGACAUUCUUCUCAAGAAAUGAAGUCUGAAACCUCAUCCAACCCCAGCUCUCCUGAAAUAUGCCCCAACAAGGACAGGCCCUUCAUUAAGCUGAAAGAGAAUGGGAGGUCAAACAUCUCCCGUUCCUCCUCCAGCACCAGCAGCUUCAGCAGCACGGCGGGGGAGAGCGAGACCCUGGAGGAGUACGACAGUGUGGGAAGCCAGCCGUCCACUGCGUCCCCGUUCAAGCAGGACGUCUUUGUCUACAGCGCUUCUCCCGGCAGCGAGAGCCCCAGCAUGGGGGCUGCGGCCACCCCCGUCAUCAUGAGCAGGAGCCCCACAGCAGAUAUAAAGAACAGAAACUCUCCGAGGUCAAACCUGAAGUUUCGCUUCGACAAGCUCAGCCACGGCAGCUCCAGCACGAGCCACUAGCAGGAAGAAGUCGUCAUGAACUUGUAAAAGAGAAUUUUUGUUUCAACAAAGGGAAAACUCUUCAGCACCCCGUGGGAAAAUGCCCGCCCUGGCGGUGGCAGUGGGUGCCCCCCCUUCCCGGCUGCACCCCCACCCCAGGACGGAGCUCUCGCCGCAGCCUCUGCCCCGACACGGACCUCGGCACCUUCCCACCGGGUGAACCCCUCGCAGCAAACACCCCCGCGCCCCUCUCUGUGCCACGGGAGGAGAUGUGGCUCUCACCGCCCGGCACGUGUGUGUGGGCCGUGUCCCCUCUGCGGUGCCGUGUCCCCUCCGCAGUGCCUGUACGUGCUGCGGUGAUGGGUGCCGGGCGGGCGCCGUCAUCUCCCCUCCCAGCUCCUCUUGUAGGACGGACCCUCCCAUGCAAUUCGGGGGCCUCCAUGGCCCCCCGUGUGAUUUGGGUGCCUCCAUGCCCCCCCCGUGUGAUUUGGGUGCCUCCAUGCUUUAUGUGCAAGUUAUCCGUGGGGAAACAGGGUUUUUGUGUUUGUGUUUUGGAAGGGCAGGCAGGUGGUCAGGGCAAAAUUCUGUGUUUGCUUGGCCGUGGGGCAGUUUUCCUGCCCCAGCGUUUCCGUCGCUCUUCUCUUUUGGGAGACAACGGGGCAAAAUCUGCCCCAUGGCUCUUCCUGGCAUGGCGGGGGCUGCAGCAGCUCGGCCUCCCCCCGCUGCCUCCCCUUCCGUCACCCCACUGCAAAACUUUUGGGCAGACGCAACCUCUCUCUCUGUCACUCAGUUUCUGGCACAAGGGGAGGGCGAUGGAGCCGGUCCCGGGGCUGACUCCCCCUCAGCAGCCCGGGAAAUGGUUCAUUUCAAAAAGCCUCCCUGCUUUUUCCCUGCCUGAAACUGCGAGCACAGGCCUGGGAAAGGCUAACCAACACUGGGGCUGCCCCAUAUCCCAACACCAGAACGGGUACCGGGGGUGAACUGACCCCGUGGGCUCUGCUUUGCCCUGAGGCUGCGUCGCCAGGCUGGCAAAGGUAGGACACCCCAGUAAUUUGGGUGGCGUUGGGCUGCUCCCCGCCCCUUGCAGAAUCUGUCCCUCUGCUUUUCGAUAUCCUUCUGGUUGUUUUGAAGGACAAGGAUUAUGAAUUCCACAGGUGACUUCCCUGCAACGCCCUUUUCCAAAAAAAUACCUCUCUCAACAUGCCAAGAAAUCCUUUUGCGCUUUUAUGGAGCUUUGCCUAAAGUUUCCAGCAGCCUGUCCGUGAAUUUCAUGUUCUCACAGGUUUCCCGUGUCAGGGGUUUGAGGGACACUCUGCGGUGCUGCAGAGACACUCCCUCCCUGGUACCACUUUGCAAACCCCCCCGUCAAAUAAGGUUCUCAAUCUCAAGUGAAAGCAAUUCUUUGAGUUCCCGAUUCCUCUUGGAAAUGGAGCUUUGAGUGCCAAAGGGAACUUUCCACGGCUGGAGCUGGGAGGCACCAAAGCACCCCACAGCCACAGUCGCACACCGGGGGGCAUUCUCCAGGGGGGCUGUGGCUGCUCCUGGGGGAUGCUCCUGGCUCUGGGGAAGUGCUUGUAGAAGCCACCAUCACCUCCCUCCCCACCGCCCCUGGGCCAGAGCAGGGCCAAGCCAAACCAAACCAGCUCCAUUCCCUGGAGUCUGCACGGUCCUGACACCCCUCACCCUGGGGUUCAUGCUGGGGCUCCCACUUGUGCAUUAUUUGUGCAUUGGAAAAGAAAAGGCUGGAGCCUUAACGGGAGAGGAACCAGAUUAGAGGAGGAAAACGCCUUGUGGGAAAGGUGAACAGUUUCACAAGCACUGAGUGCGCUGUGCAGGACCAGUAAAUACCAGUAACCACCAGUGAGGACGCUCCCUCCUGCUUUCACUGGGCUGCAUUUAAAUAGAGUUUAAAUCUUGAGGCUCUCUUUGGAGGAGGAAGAGCACGGCGUGCUUAGCCCAGUCCGUAGCUAGCUCUAGAUGUCUCAGGUUCUCAUCCUUCUGUUCGGCACUUGUCUGACGAUGCUUACGUAGCACUUUGAACCCCAUCCCUCCCGUCCCAUUCCUCCCCUUAGAAGCUUUCGGUCUGGUUUUCUUACGCCGCGCAGAGAAACGCUGACUUGCUUUGAGGGUCUGCUCCUGGUUUUGCUCGCUGUCCCCGAGAAGUCGCUUGAUUCUGUAGACGUCGUCGUUCGCGUGGGUGUUGAUCUCCAUGAGAUCUUUCAGCAGAAGAUGCAGUGGCUGCUGUCAGCUGGGUUUGGCAUUUUUGUGUUUUGGUUUUCUUACUUGAAGCUGUGACUUCCCUUUUUGACCUAGGUUGAUGUGUAGAACUCUUGGGAUGGAGUUGGGAGGCAGGCAGGGCAGGGAGGAGCUCCAGGGACGUGUCUGUCCCCACGCCAGCCCUGCAGGGAGGGCAGCGGGGCCUGAGCCAGGCCUGGCACAAGGUUUGCCAGAGGCUCCUGUGCCCUCGGGGACACUCCUCGUGCCGGGCUGUGACAUCCUCCUGCAGCACCCUUAGCAGCAACCGGGCUUUUAAAGCCGCUGUCCCAGCCCGGGGUUUCUGCCUGCACUGUGUGUGCCGUGCCCCCUUCAGCCCCCAGACUGUCCCCAACUGUCCCCAACUGUCCCAACCACCUCGGAGGGGUUUCCACUGCCAGCAGUGGGUGAAGGUGUCCCUCUAUAUGUACUGCAAAAUGUUUUGUGCUUGUAAGUGACACACACACACAUAUAUAUACAUAUAUAAAAGGGAUUUUUAUAUAUAUAUAUAGAGAGAAGGAUCCUUAACUGACACUAAAAUUGCUGGGCAGUGCAUUUUCCUUUCUGAUCCCACCGUUUCCAUGCACAUUGACUUCUCCUGCUCUCGGAGGGAUUUGCACAGGGAGCAGAGGGGGCUCAGAAACACAGCGGGGGGAAACGGGGGGAGCCCCUGGCUGUGUGCGGGGGUCUCGCCUCUCCUGGGCAUUGCUCCCCUUCUCCCUGGGGUUUGGUCCCUUGCCUGCUCCUGCUGCCCCCGGCUCAGACCCCUCCGUGGCCUUGGUGGGAGGCAGGGGCAGGUCCAGGUCGGGGAGUCCUGGCAGCGGAGCGAGGAGGGGACCCUGCUCCCCCCCCCCCAGCUCCAUCGAUGUGGCCCUGGGGACCGCUGUGCGGAGCUGCUGCUCCCUCUGGGAUUUCCUCCUGGAAAGCUCUUGGCAAGUACUUGUGUCCUCCUGACCCCCCAAAGGCCAAGCACAGGGUUACUCUCAAGCACAACAGGAAAGUGCUUUUUUUCCUGAGCGGGACGGGGGGAUCCUAAGCACAAACUUGGUUUCUUUCUGGAGUUUUGAGGGUCUUCAGGGUGAAGGGGCCAGGGCACGUCGCUGGCACCAAUGUGGGCUGGGGUUUCUCGGCUGUUUUUGGCUGCCAGAGGUGCUCGGCACUGCCAACGGGUGUCAGACCCGGUGGGGGCAGAGCCCAGCCCCUCUGCACAGCCCCCCCUCACCCCGCUUCGCUCCUGUCCCCCAGGGCCAGCAGCGUCUGCCCUCCCCGGCCCCACAGCAUGCUCUCAUUAUGUUUAAUGAAUGUAGCACUGCGUAUAUCCUGCAAAGGGAAAUGCUGAAUUUAUAUCAUUAGAAUGUGAAGAGAGUUUAUAGAGUGAAAAUAAAUCUUGAAGAAAUGUAUCUG